AAGAAAAACACAAGAUAUGGAAAUAAACAGAUUAUCCAACAAAGACCAAUCUAUGAGCCACAUGAGCAAAGAGCACAGAAUCAUAUUUCACAUUUUCGAUCUGAACCAAUCAAAACCCUGAACGAAUCCUACCCUUUACCUUAUAGUAGCAGUUUCGUCUCUUCCUUCCUUUCACUUAGCAUUUCAUAGUGUCUUGAAAAAGAGUAAGAAGCUUGAAACUUUGGUAUAGAAAGAUGGCGUCUGUGGGUGUUUCGGAAAUGCUUGGUACGCCCCUUAACUUCAGGGAAAUGUCAAGAUCGUCUGCUCCAUUGUCAUCGCACCCGGCUACCUUCAAGACAGUUGCUCUGUUCUCCAAGAAAAAGCGUGCUCCUGCCAAGGUCAAGACCGUCUCUGUUGCUAACGAUGAACUCACCAAGUGGUAUGGUCCUGACAGGAGAAUUUUCUUGCCGGAUGGUCUUUUGGACAGAUCAGAGAUUCCAGAGUACUUGAAUGGUGAAGUUGCUGGAGACUAUGGCUAUGAUCCAUUUGGACUUGGCAAAAAGCCUGAGAAUUUUGCUAAGUAAACUGGUUCUGUAAUGAAUGUGGUCGCCUUUGAGUUGAUCCACGCGAGAUGGGCUAUGUUGGGAGCAGCUGAUUUCAUCAUCCCUGAAGCUCUAAACAAAUAUGGCGCUAACUGUGGUCCUGAAGCUCUAAACAAAUAUGGCGCUAACUGUGGUCCUGAAGCCGUCUGGUUCAACACUGGUGCUCUGCUUCUUGAUGGAAACACAUUGAACUACUUUGGCAAGAACAUCCCAAUCAACCUUGUUCUUGCCGUAGUUGCUGUGUUUGUUCUCCUCGGUGAAGCCGAGUACUACAGAAUCACCAACAGAUUGGAUUUUGAGGACAAGCUAUAUCCAGGAGGUCCAUUUGAUCCUUUGGGACUUGCUAAGGACCCUGAACAAGGAGCUCAGAUCAAGAAUGGGAGAUUAGCCAUGUUUGCGAUGUUUGGUUUUUUCAUCCAAGCUUAUCUUGCUGGAGAAUGUCCUGUUGAGAACCUUUCAAAGCAUCUCAAUGAUCCUUUUAGAAACAAUCUGCUUACCGUCAUAGCUAGAACCGCUGAGAGAGCUCCUACUCUUUAAGCCAUUUCUAGUUUAUAGAAGAGCUUUGAAGUUGCGUUGUAGACUUUACUUGAUGACAAUUUCUAUUGACAUUGUGAAAACAAACUUCCAUCUUCAUCUUCUUGAUAUAUUGCAAUGGGUAUUUAUCAUGCUU